AUGGCAAAUAAUGGCAAUAUUGGGCGGCCUCAAAAUGUCGGUAUAGUAGCGAUAGAGGUAUAUUUUCCAAAUUAUUAUGUCAAUCAGGCAGAGUUGGAAGCACAUGAUGGCGUUGCUGCUGGCAAAUAUACCAUUGGAUUGGGCUUAAAUAAUAUGGGCUUUUGUAGCGAUCGUGAAGAUAUCAAUUCCCUUUCUUUGACGGUCAUGCAAAGAUUAAUGGAACGAAAUAAUCUAUCGUACGAUCAGAUUGGACGAUUAGAAGUCGGUACUGAGACCAUUGUUGAUAAGUCCAAGUCGACAAAAACGGUCUUGAUGCAACUCUUUAAAGAUAGUGGUAAUAGUGAAGUAGAGGGAAUCGAUACAACGAAUGCAUGCUAUGGCGGAACCAACGCCUUGUUCAACUCAAUCAAUUGGGUUGAAAGUAACUCUUGGGACGGGCGUUAUGCUGUAGUUGUAUGUGGCGAUAUUGCGAUAUACUCGGUCGGCAGUGCUCGUUGUACAGGCGGUGCCGGUGCCUGCGCGAUGUUGAUAGGACCCGAUGCCCCAGUUGUAAUGGAAAGUAGAUUAAGAGGUUCUCACAUGCAGCAUGUUUAUGAUUUCUACAAGCCAAAUAUGACUUCGGAAUAUCCAACUGUCGAUGGUAAACUAUCCCUAACUUGCUACACAACAUCGGUAGAUAAGUGCUAUCAACGUUAUAAGGAUAAAGCUGCUACAAUACUGAAUAAAAAGAUAACGUUAGAUACGUUUGAUAAGUUUUGUUUUCAUUCACCCUUCUGUAAACUGGUUCAGAAGUCCGUCGGUAGGAUAACUCUUAAUGAUUUCUUGAUUGAUCCUGAAAGAUACAUCGCAGAAUUUCCUGAAUUACAGAACCUGAGGGAUGUCAAAAUAGACGAAACUUAUACUGAUAAAAACAUUGAAAAAACUUUCGUAACAGUUAGCAACAAUUCUUUCAAGCAAAAAACUAAAGGAUCUUUACUUUUAGCUGGCGAAGUCGGAAAUAUGUAUACAGCAUCACUUUAUGGUGGAUUGGCAUCGCUUUUUGCUAUCUCCUCUGCCGAAACAUUAGCUGGUAAACGCAUAGGAAUGUUCUCUUAUGGGUCUGGUUCUGCAGCGACUUUAUACUCAUUUCGUGUAGUCGAUGACGCUACAAACUCUAAGCUUAUAAAUAUCAUAAACAAUGCUGCUGAUAUCCCUGCGAGACUUGAAUCACGCAAGAAGGUAUCACCUGACGAUUUCGUCAAGACUCUAGCUAUUCGCGAGGACAAUCAUUCGUCGAACAAUUAUUCACCUGUUGGUAGUACAGAGGACUUGUGUCCAGGCACUUAUUACCUCGCUCACGUAGAUGAUAUGUAUAGGAGGAGGUAUGAAAGAAAACCAUUGCAAAACAGCAAUGGAAUUUAG